CAGCUCUUCACUUCAUCCUCUCCAGCUGAGGCAGAAAGACAGCAUCCUUUACCUUCAACGCCGCUCAAAAUUAUGUCCUUUACCAGAAGCAGCAUUUCAGGUGGAGGUGGUGGAGGCUACCUGAGCAGCAGUCGGUCCAUGUACGGUGGAGCUGGAGGCUCUCAGGUCAGAAUCUCCUCUGGUGGCUCCUCCAUGUACAGCGGCGGCGGCGGUGUUGGAGGUGGUGGAGCUGGCUACGGCUUCGGCUAUGGUGGUGGAGGAGGCGCGGGGUUCGGCGUGAGCGUCAGCAGCAGCGUGGACAUCUCCGCCAACGAGAAGGCCACCAUGCAGAACCUCAACGACCGCCUGGCCACCUACCUGGAGAAGGUGCGCAAGCUGGAGGCGGCCAACGCCGAGCUGGAGCUGAAGAUCCGACAGUUCCUGGAGAGCAAGACCUCCCCCUCUGCCAGAGACUACAGCGCCUUCUACGCCACCAUCGCAGAGCUGCAGGGCAAGAUCCAGGACGCAACCAGAGUCAACGGUGGCAUCUACCUCUCCAUCGACAAUGCCAAGCUGGCCGCCGACGACUUCAGGGUCAAGUUUGAGAACGAGCUGGCCAUGCGUCAGUCGGUGGAGGCCGACAUCGCCGGGCUGAGGAGGGUCCUGGACGAGCUGACCCUGAGCCGGACCGACCUGGAGAUGCAGAUCGAAGGGCUGAAGGAGGAGCUGAUCUUCCUCAAGAAGAACCACGAGGAGGAGCUGCUGGCAAUGCGAGCUCAGAUGAGCGGUCAGGUGAAUGUGGAGGUGGACGCCGCUCCAGGUGAGGACCUCUCCAGGAUCAUAGAGGAAGUCAGGGAGCACUAUGAAAACAUUGCUGCCAAAAACCGCAAAGAGCUGGAGACCUGGUACCAGACAAAGUCAGAAACGCUGUCCAAAGAAGUCAUCGCCCACACAGAAACCCUGCAGACGUCCAAAUCUGAGAUCACAGAGCUGAAGCGAACGCUGCAGGGGCUGGAGAUCGAGCUGCAGUCGCAGCUCAGCAUGAAAGGCUCGCUGGAGGCCACACUGGCCGAGACUCAGAACCGCUACGCCAUGCAGCUGGUGGGGUACCAGAGCCAGGUGACCAUGAUGGAGGAGCAGCUGGCGCAGCUGAAGGCCGACAUGGAGAGACAGUCUCAGGAGUACAAGAUGCUGCUGGACAUCAAGACCAGGCUGGAGAUGGAGAUCGCCGAGUACAGGAGGCUGCUGGACGGAGACGCCAGCAGCAGCAUCUCCAUGUCCUCCUCCUCCUCCUCCUCCACCAGCACCACCAAACAGAAAGUGAUCACCAUCGUCGAGGAGAUCGUGGACGGAAAGGUGGUGAGCUCCUCCACCGAGACCGUCAGUCAGACCUUGUGAGCGCCACCAGGGGGCGACCUCUCAGCCAAAUGAAAUAAAGUCUGCUGAGGUGCU